UGGGCACUCUAACUAAAUGCAGCAACCUCGUUCUUUUAAUGCGUAAUUUCAGCAUAAAACGAAUUGGGAAUUAAUUGGAAAUAGAAUAAGUUCACCAAACGCUACAAGUCGCUGUCCAUGUCAAUCCCAAAAAAAGCCAAAACUAGUGAAAUCAGAACAAGAAGUCCACAAAGCUGGUCCGAUUUUAGCUAAUUGUAGUGUCCUGGACGCAAAGAUGGAUUCUACAGGAUCGGGUGAGAAAUCAAGCCAUCAGAAAUCACUGGCAAGCGCUACUCCAGGGAUUCCAACGCAGGAGGAGGUGCUGCACAUAUACAGAAAUGUGUGCCAAUUGACGGAUAUAGAGCGCUAUCUGAAUAUAUUGUACACACCCUUUUCCUGCUUGGCCACCACCACAUCCAAGUACGAUCUCUGGGAGCUGGAGACUUUUAUUCCCCAUGCUCGGUACGAUCCCGAAAGACACUUGGCUGUUUCGGUUAAUCGACUAAUGCCAGUGACCAGUCUGAAGAUAUAUCCCAAUGGCAAUAUAUAUUGUCAGGGCUUUAACCGUGAUGCUACCCGUAGAGGUGUGAUCAAUAUAAUCGAAGAGCUGAGGGACUUGGGCUAUAACUGUCGUUUGCGGAGGUGUCAAUUUAAUGUGGUCAACGCCACUUUUAGUGUGCCCUUUCAUCUGAAUUUGGACCAGCUUCACUUGCAAAAUCCAAGCUUUGCCCAAUACGAUCCCAUUAAGAAGCCAUUUGUGACCUACACAUUGUGGGGUACAAUGGUUAAGUUCGCCAUAUUUCCCACGGGCUACGUAUACGUAAUGUCUGCAAGCACUCGAGGACUCGUCAAGCUGGCCAUAUCAAAGCUUUUGCCUAUCCUGUACUGUUACAAGGGUUCUGAGCAGGAUGAAAGCGAACAGAGCCUAACCUGUGGCGAUAUCAACUACAAAUUGCUUUGGGAGAAAUAUUUUCAGGAAAACGACCCCUCAGACUAGUGGGAAACUUAUUGAUGAAGUUCUUGAAAAAAUGAAAUCAAUUUAAAAAGAAGAGAGAUUACCUAACUUCCAAAAUGAUAUCGAUAAGAUUUGUUUGGAGAUGUUGAAAAAAACAAAACUACUACCAAAUAAGAAACUACUAUUUAGUUAACAGCUAAGUGUCCUUAAGUUCU